CAGAGCCAGGCUCCGACUCCUCCCGUAUCCUGAGGAGUCUUGCCAUUCCUGCUGCUGUCUCUCACAGGGCAUAGUGGUCACCAGGGGCUCCUGGCAUGACUCAUGAGCGUUCAUAACCUGCCUGUGAUUGAGUUCACUCAUGAUAUGUUACCACCGCGACGUUGCACUCCGUGGCGAUCCGAACGCCGCCAUCUUGUCCAUGGAUACAUAAGAGGCUGCGUUGGAGUUAGAUCAUCCAAUCCUUGUCUUCACCUUUUCGUAAACUUGAAAAACCUCCGCUGACAUCGCUGUCAUGACUAUAGUGCUCACUCCCUAUUGGUCUAAUGGCGUGCAGAGACUUAAGGUCUCCCCACAGCCACAACCCAAACCGCCCCGCGGUCUGACCCCACCCUCCAUGGAGGCGAGCGUCCAUAAGCUGCGCUGUCUUAAUCAGCUGCGGUCCAAGGACAAGAAUAUCGAGAAGUACAUUUAUCUUUCACAGCUCAAGGAUGCGGAUACGAACAUGUUUUACAAACUCUGUCUCGAGCACCUGUCGGAAAUGACACCUCUCAUUUACACCCCGACCGUCGGGGAUGCUUGUCUCCAGUAUUCGCACAUCUUCCGGCGGCCAGAUGGUCUUUUCGUGUCCCACAAGGACAAGGGCAACAUCGGCAAGGUUUUGCGGAACUGGCCUCGCAUUAACGACGCACGCAUUGCUGUUGUUACAGACGGUUCUCGUAUCCUCGGUCUCGGCGACCUUGGUGCGAACGGUAUGCCAAUCUCCAUUGGCAAGCUCUCCCUUUACAUUGCGGGCGCAGGCAUCCGCCCAUCGUCAACGAUCCCGAUCUGUAUCGAUGUUGGCACCGACAACAAAAAGUACCUCGAGGACCCGCUUUAUCUUGGUCUCCGCCAGCCGCGUAUCUCCGAGGCCGAGAUGAACGAAUUCAUGGAGGAGUUCAUGCACGAGAUGUCUGUCGUGUUCCCGGAGUUGCUCAUCCAAUUCGAAGACUUCGCUACGGAUAAGGCGUUCUCUUUCCUGUCGAGCUUCCGCGACCGCUACCCGCUCUUCAACGAUGACAUCCAGGGUACCGGUGCCGUUGUACUUUCCGGCUUCCUCAAUGCUGCUAAGCUCUCGUCUGCUGCCUCCGACCGUCCUCUUGCCGACCACCGCAUCCUAUUCCUCGGCGCGGGUUCCGCUGGCGUCGGUGUUGGCAUGCAACUCAUGAGCUUCUUCAAGCUGCAAGGCUUGAGCGAGGAAGAGGCUCGCCAACGUAUCUGGCUCGUCGAUUCGCAAGGCCUUAUCUAUGACGGCCGCGGCAAGCUUGCCGAGCACAAGAAGUUCUUCUCGCGCAAGGACUACAGCGGCCCGCCGAUGACCGACCUUGUCGAAAUCGUCAAUCACGUCAAGCCGACCGCGCUCCUUGGCCUCUCGACGAUCAAGGGCGCCUUCAACCAGGCCGUUGUGGAAGCUAUGUGUGCGCACAACUCGCGCCCGAUCGUCUUCCCGCUCUCAAACCCGGUGCGGCUCUCCGAGUGCGAGUUCGCCGACGCCGUCGAGUGGUCGCGCGGCCGCGUCAUCUUCGCAUCGGGCUCGCCGUUCCCGGAAUGUUCCUACGAGGGGCGUACACUCUACCCCGGCCAGGGUAACAACAUGUACGUCUUCCCAGGCAUCGGUCUUGGUGCGAUUUUGGCCAAGGCGUCGACUGUCACGGACAGCAUGAUUGAGGCCUCGUCGCUCGGCCUUGCGGAGUCGCUCACGGAUGAGGAGCGCGCUUUCGAGCUCAUUUAUCCCCGCGUCGAGCGCAUCCGCGACAUCAGUGCGCAGAUCGCGCUGAGCGUCAUCCGUGUUGCGCAGAAGGAAAGCGUGGACAGGAACUCGCAGCUCAGGCAGCUCGACGACACGGAGCUCCUGAAGUAUAUCAAGGGCAAGAUGUGGGACCCGGAGCACAUGUCGCACCUUUGAAGUCGUACUGGCUGCUAUUUCUUGAACACGCAGCUCGUGGCAGCGAGCUGUGUCGGAAUCGAGCAAGUUUUGGAAGUAUAAAAACUUAGAUAAUUCGUCUUGGAUGCUGUGCCUACAGCCGACUGUAACAAUACACUAAAGCUUGCAUUGUUCAAAGUGCAGGUUUAAAUCGUAGUCCGCGCACAGACUUACAUAUACUACUUAUAAUAUACGUCACAAAUCGGUAACAGCCUGCGAUUCCCUCAUAUCAGCCCCCGCUUGACCACGAGCGGCGGGUGCGGCGGCAGAGACAUGUACGACUCAGGCUGGGCGCUAUCCGGUAACAUUUCCGACAUCUUGUCCUCCAGCUUGUCUGAGAGCGACUCGGAGUCGAGACUGAGCACGGGUAGGAGCCACGAUGAGUCGUCGCUCUUGCGACGUGGGACGGCACUCGACCGAUCCGACAGCGCGCUGCCCGGCUCGCGCCUUAGCGCCGCUUCUGGCAUGGAGGGGAGAACGUUGCUGUCGGCCUUGUCAGAGAAGUCGGGGGCGCUGUUCUUGGAGGACUCUGGCCGAGCCUUCUCGGCAGCUGAGAGCUUGUCGUACGGAUCGACGGUGCUCGGGUUGCUUGGGUUGUUGCGCAUGAUGGACUCGCUCGAGGUGAAGAGCGUCUGCCGCUGCAGCCAACUCCAGAUCGGACUCCUCACGUUCCGUUUGGCCUGUGUCUUGCGCCGUUUCCGACGGAGCAGGAUGAUAGCACCGAAAACGAGCAAGAGCAGCACGGACACACCGCCCACCACGACGGCAAUGAUCUCCGGCAGAUCCUUCCGCGUCGAGCUUAGGGGCACCGGUGCGAGCACGUCGGAGAUCGUGUUCGUCGACUUGGAGCAGAUCGACAGCGAGUCGAGCGUGUAUGGGCUGCCGUUGCUCGUGACGUUAAUGAGGAGCUUGUGCACUGUGAGCGGUAGGUUCGGGGACUCAAAGAACUGCUGGUUCGGGAUGUCGCGGGUGCUGAUCGGGAGUGGGAGCAUCACCGGAGCAUCUUCGUCGAUCUGGUAAGAGGCGACGGCGGGCAGGACGGUGGCGUUGCUGGCAUGCACAAUACCGAUAACUGUAACGCCAGUACCAUUGAACGCAAUAGACACUUGCGAGCCAGCAGAGCUCGUGGUAUGCGAGGUAAAGUAGAUGCCGUUGGGAUCCUUGGAUUCGAGGGUCCAGGUCCCAGAGUACUGCAGUCGGCCAUCGUUGUCGCUCACCAUCUCACAUGGUGAGAUAGCGUCAAACGGGAAGCCGCUAAACUUGUUCUCACUACUGCUGUUACUCCCGCUGUCGUUGUUGCUAUCGCUAUUGCUGCUACCGCUGUUUCCGAAACUGUUGCUGCCACUGCUCCCGAUACUGUUGCUGCCAGUAUUUCCGAAACUGUUGCCACCAUUAUUGCCGCUACUGCUGCUGCUACUCGUCUUGUCGUUGUUACCCUUCUGGUUCGAGCCUCCAUUAGAGCCAUUGUUCUUGCUGUUUCCGCUGCUACUACUACUGUCGCUGCUAUCGCUGUCAUCAUCGAUCGAGAUGCUCUUGGGGCUGGCGCUUCGACUUGCAACAGAGGUUGCAAGCGGUGUAGAAGACGUGUGAGAGGGACCAGAUUCCACGGGGAUUGUUGAGGUUUCAGUAUCGAGGCUUUCUGGAUUCUUAUGCAAGCUUUUCUGAGAGUUGCUUGAUCGAGUCUGCCGGGACGUAGCACUGCCACUAGUUUUUUGAGGGACCAAGCGCCUCCCCAGCAAUAUUCCGCGCAGUGCCAUCCUGGACGUCAACGGAGAGAAAGACGAAAGCGAAGAAUUUAUAAACACCGCAUCAAGCAGUGCAGGCGGUCAACGCUGGAAGGAGAGGAAGACAGAGGGCGCAAGUAGACGAGCUACACGCGACUGGCUAUCCUUAUAGCGACGGCGUUGCCAUUUCCUGCGCGCCUUGGGGAUAUAUGUACCCUUCCAGUCUGUCCGUGAUAACGGAAAGCGUGUCUAGAAUGUGGCUGAGGUGACGGGGUACCCGAGGAGCUAUGACAACGUGGUACCAAAAGAGGGUCAGAACAUUUCGAUGAGGUGGUCGUCAAUCGCUCAACACAUUCGGAUUUCGGAUGUAUUAGCAAACGCUCUCACGAAGUAGAACAUAUCCUUGAAGGCGUCCGGGCCCGCUGUUCACUGAUUUGGUCCACCGCACCAGAGACUAUGUUGCAGUAACAUAGUAUCGUUUCUAUCAAUAUGAAAGCAUCGUGUCAAAAACGCUGGCACUCGCUUCAUUCACUCGUCGCCUGCGUGGGGCUCUUCUCGUUGCCCAUGACGACUUAGAGCAAAUACGAGCUCGAGCUCGACGCCCCAGCCACACUGCGCAAGAACCCACCCCCUAGUCCGGUAAAUAAACCAUACCAUGGUUGUAUCUGUCGCCCCGAAAGCCGUCGUAAAGUGAAGGUGGAAGUAGACAGU